AUGUUUCAAUUCAUAGGUAAGAUCUACGCGUGGGAUGUCGUCAAUGAGGUGAUCCAUGAAGUGUCCGGCAAACUAAGGGACGGCAUAUUCUCGCGAACUUUUAACUCCAGUUUCAUUGAGGAGGCCUUCCGUACGGCACACGCGACCGACCCUAACGCCAAGCUAUACAUCAAUGACUACAACGUCGAAGCCGUUAACAAAAAGUCGGACGCCUUAUACGCAUUGGUCAAGGAGUUGAAGGGUAAGGGAGUGCCCGUUCAUGGGGUCAGUUUGCAGGCUCACUUCAGCGAGAAUGAAAUUCCCUCAACUCAUCAAGAUCAUAUUAAACGCUUCUUCGAUUUGGGACUCGAUGUAGCCAUUACUGAGCUGCAGGUCAGGUAUCAGCUACCUGGGUCAGCCGAUAAGAUCGCUAAACAGGCACAGGAUUAUAGUCAUGCCUUUAGGGCGUGCAUGAACGUGGACAGUUACUUGCGAUUUUGCGAUUUGGGAGUGGAUGUGGCCAUUACUGAGCUUAAUAUCCGGUAUAAGUUACCAGGCUCAGCCGACAAGAAAGCGAAACAGGCCCAGGAUUAUAGUCACGCAUUUAGCGCCUGUAUGAAUGUGGAAAGGUGUGUCGGAGUCACCGUUUGGGGAUUUACCGAUAAAUACUCCAAUAUUUGUGAUCAGGGUUAUGGGGAACAGGAGCUCUGGACCGCCGAUUUUCAGCCUAAAUCCUCUGUCGAUGCCGUCAACAGUGUUGAAAUAAAUGAGUGGCCACUGAACGCUUCCGACCAGUUUUUGGUGCAAAAACAGAAGUACCAGUUCUUAGACAACGCCUAA